AUAUCUCGCAGAUAGCCUAAUAGGAUGAUAUCUGAUUGGUCAGUUUGGCAUCCCCUUUUAAAGAUCAAUUAGCGUGGAGGUAGUAGUGAAAUGAGUAAAAAGCAUCUGUCACUGGAAGUUGACCCCAUCCAUAUAUGGCUAUCUGUUAAAUAUUCUGAAGAGAUUCGAUUGGACAGCGACCACGCACCAACUGAACAACUAAAUGACUAACUACUACUACUCACUAACUUUGCUCCCCAAUUUCUUUCGACUAAAAACAGUAGCUUUAACUUCUGCUUAGUCUGUGCUUUCGAAGAGAACUUGACAUUCGGACUAACUGCGAAAUGAUGACCACAGGACGGAUUACAAAACUUGAUAAAAUACAUCAGAAACACAGAAAACAAAAAUCUCCCCGAAAAAUAGCGCUUGUGAGAUUCGAACAGACAUGCCAAGGAAAUGAAGACAUAGUGCCUCACACUAGCGAGGAUGUAGGUAAAUCUGUGAUGUCCCAGAAUGCAACAUAUUCUUCCGAUGUAGAUAGAAGACAUGAAGACAUAAGUCACAAUAGUCAAAGACAGCUUCCUCCAACAACUGCCAUUGUUAGCGACAUCUCUCAAAGGCAUGCUUCCGCUUCUACUGCCACAGCUUCUGUUGAGGAACUAAAUGGUCAACAGAGCAUUGAAGACGUAAGUAGUAGAUUCUCAGAAAUAGCUAAUCACAGACAACCAGAAAGUCUCGAUCAUAGAAACUGUGAAGAAUUCAAUAGUCGACACCUGGAUGAAAGCAGCAAUAGGCAGGAAGUGGGUUACAGACAUGUUAAUCAGCUUAAUAAUCGGCAUGUUAACGAACAUGCUCUCAGGCACUCCGAAGACUUACACCAUAGACAUAGUGAUGGCUCAUCUCUAAGAAUUACUGCUGAAGAAUCGACUCUUAGACAUCCAGAGGACCCUAGUUUAAGAAAUACUGAGGAAUCAAUUCUCCGACACUCGGACGAUAACAUGCUUCGACAUUCAGACGACUCGAUCCUACGCUUACCUGACAGCAUCGUACAGAGACACGCUGAUGAACUGAAUAAAUGUCAUCCAGGAGAAAUAAGGCAUUCAGAAGAUUUAAGACAUCAAGACGAUUUAAGACAUCAAGAUGAUUUAAGACAUCAAGAUGAUUUGAGACACUCUGAAGAAUUGAGACCUCCUGAAAGCCUGAGGCAAUCUGAAGAUUUGAGACAUUCUGAUGAUCUCAGACACUCUGAUGAGUUGAGACAUCCAGAGAAUUUGAGACAUAUUGAGAAGCUGCGUCACCAAGAUAGUUUCAGACAUUCAGGAGAUCUCAGGCAUCCCGAUGAAAUGCAUCAUCGAGAUGACUCGAGACAUCAAGACGACCUCCAUCAUCCUGAGAGCCUAAGACAUCCGGAAGAUCUAAAACACCUCGAAGACUUGCGUCAUCCGGAUGAAUUAAGGCAUCCAGAUGAGUUGAGCUAUCGCCAUCCUGACCAGCUAGGUCUUCUCCAUCCAGAUACAAAAUUGAACCAUAGGCGACCAGAUGAAUUGACACCAAGGAUUCCAGAUGAUCUUCGAUGUAGGCAAAUGGGUGAAUUAAGUCAUAGGCACUCAGAUGAGCUUGGUCAUAGACUUUCUGACGAUCUUGUACCUCAGUUUCCUCAAGAUUUAAGCCCAAAUAACUCAGAUGAUCUCAGUCCACAGCAUUCCAUUGAUGAUUUAAAUCUUCGGCAUCCUGGAUCCGACUUUAGUCAGCGAUAUCAUGAUGAUUUAAGUUUACGAAACCCAGACUCAUAUCAGCCAAAUGUCAGCAGUUACAACAAUAUCAGCAUCAACGAACUUUCACCUCAUACACCUCAAUCUAUUUCACCUUCAUCUCUUCCUGAUGUUACAUGUCACCUCAAUAAUGAGGGUAUUUUCGUAUGUCACUUAUGCAACUUUUCAGUCGCUGGUAAAGAGGCAUUCCAAGAACACACUUCCAUCCAUUUUAAACAUGCAUGCCCAAUGUGUGAAUAUAAAUCAAGAACCGAAGGAAGACUGAAAAAACAUAUUGAGAACUUUCAUAGCAACACUUCUCCAGAACAACUGGCUGCCAAUAAACAGAAGAAAGGCAAGAUGCCGGCUAAACCAAAGAAAUUUACUUGUAAAACUUGUGGCCAUGAAACACCUACAAAGGUGGAAUUCUGGUCACAUGCCCGCUCUCAUAUGCGAGAGGAUAAAGUCUUGAACUGCCAGUUUUGUCCGUUUGUCACUGAGUAUAAGCAUCAUCUGGAGUAUCACCUGCGAAAUCAUAUGGGUUCAAAGCCAUUCAAGUGUAGCCAGUGUAAUUACCGCUGCGUUAACAAGUCCAUGCUAAACAGUCACAUGAAAUCACAUACUAACGUCUACCCAUUUCGUUGUCAGGAUUGUGGAUAUGCUACUAAAUAUUGCCACAGCCUGAAGCAGCAUCUGGAUAAGCUAGGACACAUGCCAUCCACUGUCCUUAACAGUGAUGGCAGCCUUCCCCAAGGACUCGAUAACAAUGUUUCUCGGCUGAGAUUUGCAAAAGGCCGACGUGUCAAAAUAGCGUGCAGGGGUCCGACCCUGCGCAAACCCGAUAGGCGCCAGUAUAUGCAGGGUGGGUUCUUUCCUAUGGGGAUGCCACCCCAAGUGAUGAAUGGAACAGUACUCCCACCAUACUGGCAUUUAAUGAACCAGAUGCCUCCGAAUGGCUUUCAUCCAGCUGUGCCAAGACCACCCCCGCCACUGAUUCCAGUCUCUGGGACGCACUCAGGCGAUCCGCACCAACAUUCACCUCAACAACAACAACAGCAAUCACCUUCCCAGCAACAACAGCCACCACCACCACCUCCUCCACAACAACAGCAACCACACCAACAACAUCCACCAGCACCACAACAGUCACCACAACAGCAGCAACCACUACCACACCAGCCACCACUCCAACAGCAACCACAACCACAACAGCAGCAGCCUCUGCAGCCGCCGCAUAACCAGCAGCAACCGCAGCCUCUGCAACCACCUCAUCCCCCUCAUGCCCCUUCACAACAGCUCUCACAAGGCCAGCAGCACACACAGCAGUCACAGGUUCAACUCCCAACACAGCCAUCGCAGCAACAUCCGCAACAGCUUCCACAGCAUCAUCAUCAUACACAGCAACAACAUCAACAACAGCAGCAGCAACAACAACAACAGCAACAACAGCUCUCCACUCUACAACAGUCUCAGAACCAACAACACCAACAACAACAGCAACCACAACAACAACAACCACAACAACCACCACAACAACCACAACAACAACCUCCACAACAACAAAUGCAACAACAACAGCAAACACAGCAAGCACAGCAGCAUCAGCAGCAUCCCCCACAAGAUAUUUCUGUUUCUACCUCAGUGACAUCUGUUGUCAAUUCAGGCUUGUACAAGUGUACCUUCUGCAGUGUAACAACUGAAACUAUGGAAGCCUUGAACAACCACCUCUUAAAAGUUCAUGCUGCAGAGAACCAAGAUUUAUUUAAUGCUUUUGGCAUUUCCUCUGAAGCACUCCUUGAAGAUCACAAUUUGCGAUCAACAAUGAUAUCAAAUACGUUUAAUCAACCUGAUGUUUCAGACACUAAACGAACAGAAACAUCAGAUUCAAUGUAUGGAAGCUCUGAUACAAAUUUUCAGCAGUCAAACAAUGGAAGUCCACAAUUUACUGAUAUCAAAUCUGACAUAAAAUCAGAGAAUGUUCCACCGAAAUCUAAUGGUGUGGCUACACAUUCCAUAAUUCAGUCCAGUGAGUCAACAUCACCCCAGGCUAGCACAAUCAAACAAAUGAUGAACCGCUUUGGUAUGGGUCCUCUUUCUGCAUCUCAAGCCAGCCCUGAUGUGCCACAAACAACUGAAAUUCCUCUGGACCUACGUAAACCAAAGUCACCGAUCAUGUCUACUCCUUUCAUAGGUGGUGGUCAUGACCUUGAAGGCAGAAAUAACAACCUUCCUGGUUCUACUGUUCAGCCAACAAAUGUUCUUACUUCCCCCAUCACAAGCAUCCAUAGCUCUGCGAUGACAAACAUGAAACGUACUCCUUUUCAAGAAGCCAUACCUAAGAAACGAUCUAGAAAAAGCAGAGCAUUUAAGCGAGACACUUUUCAAAUAAAAUAUGAAGACCAUCUGUCUAUGACAGAUGUCGAUGAGGAACUUUCUCAUGGUAAUAAAAGCAGUAGUGUUAGCCCAGAUGUGCCGCCAGAUUGCAUGGAACCUCAAACCUCUGAGUGUACAUCAGAUACAGCAGCAUAUUCCAUGUACUCUGCGGAUAAGAGAAAGACACCGACUGAAGAUUACCCUACUGGAUCUUUCCGGUCAACUCCAAGCAACGAAAAGAGUCCACAAGGGACGGAAGAACAUGUGAUCAGCUAUGAACAGCUUCAUAAAAGUUUGCAGAUUCUCAAUGAAGAACUAGAGCAUAAACCAGAUAUCUCUGGUCAUCUUCCUAGCGGUCAGCUCAACGAGAGUAUGUCAGUUUCACAACAACAACAGCAACAACCUCCUCCUCCUCCUCUUCCUCCCCAUCCUUCACAGCAGCCAGUACAGCAAAACCCCCAGCUAACAUCACAGCAACUCCCACAACCUUCAACAUCAGCCUCUGUAUCAUCCGACAGUGUUUCUGGUGAUCUCUUACCUGAACAAAUGAAUCAUUUCUUAAACACAUAUUAUAGCCAACAAAAUUCUUUGUCAGGGAUGCAUCGUCGGGGUUCUAAAAUUGCAAUGCAAAUAAUCCAAGAGACAGGUAGUAGUAGCCAACACCAAGCAAACAAUCAAACGCCUCCUUCAAAUUCAAUGCUACCCCCACAACACAAUGGGAAUGUUCCCCCAUUCAGACGUUACCCCAUGAAUCCCAAUGACGGUGGCAAUCCAAACAAUAAUAGCAAUCCAAAAAUGGAUCGCAAAAACAAAGAUCAAGAGAAUGAAGAAACAUUUGAGUGUGGGCAUUGUGGCAUUGUCUACAGAAGUUGUAUAAUGUAUACCAUUCACAUGGGCUAUCAUUGCCAACAAGACCCACUUAAAUGCAACAUGUGUGGACAUCAAAGCAGAGAUAAGAUAGAGUUUUUUAUCCAUAUUGCCAGAGCACCCCAUGUAUAAGUUUUAUGGUAACUAUGUAAAAAAAAAAAAUUAUAAAAAUAAAAACAAACAAACGAAAAACAAAAACACAGAGAUAACAAAAAAAAAAGGAAGAGAGAAAGAGAGAGAGAGAGAAAGAGAGAGAUAGCAAAAUGAGAAAGUGAAAACAAUAUUUGGUCAAUGAGCAGAGAUUAGUGGCAGCUGCACGUCCUUUGUAUUCU